AUGAGCCAGGCCGAGCUGUCCACCUGCUCGGCGCCGCAGACGCAGCGCAUCUUCCAGGAGGCCGUGCGCAAGGGCAACACGCAGGAACUGCAGUCGCUGCUGCAGAACAUGACCAACUGCGAGUUCAACGUGAACUCGUUCGGGCCCGAGGGCCAGACGGCGCUGCACCAGUCGGUCAUCGACGGCAACCUGGAGCUCGUGAAGCUGCUGGUCAAGUUCGGCGCCGACAUCCGCCUGGCCAACCGCGACGGCUGGAGCGCGCUGCACAUCGCCGCGUUCGGCGGCCACCAGGACAUCGUGCUCUAUCUCAUCACCAAGGCCAAGUACGCGGGCAGCGGCCGGUGAUGCCGGCCCGGACCCCGACCCGCGCGCGGAGCCCGCGCGUGUCCUCCCUGCUGUACCUUCCCUCCAACUACCUCGGUGUGCGCCCGGCCCUCGGCGCCCGCGGCCACCACAAGUCCGGCGCGCAAGUCGGUGCCCACGGGAGCCGCGCCCGCCCACCCGCGGCCCGGGGUCGGCGCCCCCCGCGGCCGCCGGGGACCGGCCGGAGCGCUUCCCACGGCCCCGCCCGCCGCCGCGCGGGUGGGGGCAGGGCGCGGGCUCCAGCCCCUUUGAAAUUUGAGUCUCGCUACCAGCAAGUUCGGAAUCCCGAGACACCGGAUCCUCCGCUCAAAAUGUUCUCCUGAAGGUGGAAGGACCCGUGGCCGACGCGCGACGGAGACGACGCUCUGCUCUUCCCGGGCUUCUAAACUAUUUAUCACGUGUGUGCAUAUUUGUGGGUGAUGUUUGUGCGCCUGAGUUUUCUGUUUGGAAAAUAUUUCGCGUGGUCAAUGUGGUUACGAGGGGGAAGAUGCAUUUUUUUUUUCUAGUCUUAAAACUAAAAACUUGAGUCUGUCAUUUCUUGGUUGCACUGAAAUACCGCCCAGCCUGCUGGUUUCCCCGUGCUGCUCCGUCUCCCUCCGGCUUCUCUCCCUCACCUCUCUCCCCUCCUCCCCGCCCUCCCUUUCCUCCUCUCUCUCACACUCACACACACAAUUCCGCGUGAGUUUUGGAAGCCCCCGGCCUCCCUCCGCCUUGUCCGGUGAGAGGCCACCAUCCCCCAAGCCUGCCGGUUUGCAAAGCUUCCGCGGGAGCCUGGGUGCUCGGGUGUGGCGGUGAUGGGGGGGGUGGGGGUGGGGAUCAAGCCUUUUCUAGUGAGUUCUAUUAUAGUUAACAGUCGAUUGCACACUUUUUUUAAAAAAGUAAAUGGAUUUGCCACGAUUAAAUGUCAUAACAUUUAUGACAGAAUAUAAAAUAUUAACAUAUUUUAAGCCAAGUUUUAGGUGUAUUUUUUGAAUCUUGGUUAUAGACCCAAUUUUAAAGGGCGUUGUAUCCAGCGUUGUGAAGGCAACUGUACCCAUAUUUAUAUUUUUAUAAAAUGCCUAUAAGACUGUGAAUCUCUUGUGCUAAUUGCUGAGUGAGCUGAAGGGCCGCUUUGCCCCUCUUCAGCCUCCCGGAGCUUCAAGGACCCGAUUCGAAUCCGAAAAUCCUGCCACGGGGGAGGGGCCGCCGGGAGGGGCCGCGCGAGGACCUAGGACGAAGGCGGUGCUUCUGCGUCACUUUCUGUCCCGAAAGGCGCCCUUCCUGGUUUCAGAGGUUCCAAUUUUCUAUGCAACCCCACACCCCUUGUUGUUUUGAUCCUGAGAAAUAAAAGAGAGGCUGAA